UGGAAGCGUUGAGGAGGCGUGUGGUUCCAAACAGGAAGAAACUGGGAAAACACGCAGUAAAUACGAUAUCCUCGGACACAGCCAACUAACAGCCUGGGGCAGAUGGUACAAACUACUUUUUCUCCCUGCCGGAGGCCUGUGGACCGUUCCUGGUGUACUCCUUUUAGAUCUGUCCCGCAGUCGGAGGGGCUGUCUGGGGGGGGCUGACGCACCAGCAGAAGCGCAGGAAGGCGGGGGGCUGUCAUAGCAGCAGGCUAGGCUAGGCUAGGCUAGGCUAGGCUAAGCUUGGCUAAGCUAAGCUAAGCGCUGCAGCCCGGAGAAACCUUGAACUUGUGUAAACUUUGUGGAGUACAACACCGGAAGUAGCAUCACCGGAGUGGUUAAACGACAACCACGGACUCCACAGAUGAGAUAAAUAUACACAAACGUCUAUUAUUUUCAUAGAUGUUUUUUUUUUCUAAAAAGUGUUAGCCUGGAAGCGGACUUAUAGCCAGUUAGCUGUUGAACACAUCCAGGCUCUGGCAGGGGGACGUGAGCGGGAGGAAAAUCGCCUCAGUUUGCCCCAUGCACAUCCGCAGAAUGGAUCUAAUUUGCGUUGUUAACCAGUGAAAAGCUAUUGGACGCUAACUAACACAGUGGAUGUUAAUUAAUCACUGAGGUAUCAGCGGAUGAAGAUUGUUUUUGACACAUAAGAGGGACUUUUUUCUGUUUUGUCAUAUCGGUUUUUGUGAUAACUUCUGCUUUCCGUUAGUGUGGUUAUCAUGGAGGUAGGGGAGCCUGGCAGCGGCAGCUUGGAGCGGUUACAUAACGCCAGCAGGCCGGGAGAGAAGCUGCUGAACGUCGCCUCCUCUUCAGCCUCCUCAACCUGGCUCUGACAGCUGUAAACCCCCCUCCAGCGCAUACACACACACACACUCACACUAACAGACUGACAGACGCACAAACAAACACAGACAGACUGACAGCAGGACAGCAGCAUGGAGGUGGUGUGAGGCAUCUGGGAGAUAGAAAACAGCAACGAGAAGGAGCGUUUUGCUGAAGAUGGAGUCCAACCCACUGAUUAACGCGAUGGACCCGUCCAUCACGCUGUGGCAGUUCCUGCUUCAUCUGUUGGAGGACCAGCGGCAGCGUCACCUGAUCUCCUGGACAAGUGAGGACGGCGAGUUCAAGCUGCUGGACGCCGAGGAGGUGGCCCGCCUGUGGGGGCUCCGCAAGAACAAGCACAACAUGAACUACGACAAACUGAGCCGGGCACUGAGAUACUACUACGACAAGAAUAUCAUAAAGAAGGUGAGCGGCCAGAAGUUUGUCUAUAAGUUUGUAAGUCAGCCUGACCCCUCCCUCCCCGAUGGGAUACGCAGUAUAGAGGAGGGCCAGAGGAGGGACAUCAGCGACUCAAACAACCAAUCAAAAAGCCUUGGGGGCGUGGCACCAACUUGUCCGACAAAGGGCUUGCCCCAGCAGCGCUCGUCACCCAGCAGCUCCCAGAAGAGCUCCAGAAACGACUACAUGAAGUCCGGCCUCUACUCCACCUUCACCAUCCAAUCCCUGCAGGCCUCACCCAAUCCACGGCCAAUCAAAUCAGAGCUCCUCCUGCAACAAGAGCCUGUCCCCAAGGUUGAUCGCACACCGAGAGAGGUGUGUGUGUUACCGGAGUCUAAAUCCUCUCCGUCCGUGGGGAGCGCCGCGGACUCUGUUCUCCAGGUGAUCGUCACUCAGACGUCUCCCUGUCCGACCCCGGCUCUCAGCCCACAGAUACCAGCCAACUCCAAUGGCCAAUCACAGUGUCAAACACUGUUGGAUGUUUCUGUCCAUUUAUCCUUCCAGACUCCGGUCCUGUUGACUCCCAGCCCUCUUCCCUCCACCAUCCACUUCUGGAGCACGCUCAGUCCCAUCGCUCCUCGAUCGCCAGCUAAACUUUCCUUCCAGUUUCCCUCUAACGGCAGUAAUCAGAUCCACAUCCCGGCUCUGAGCGUCGACGGCCUCUCCACCCCCGUGGUCCUCUCCCCGGGGCCCCAGAAGCCCUGAGCUCCCCGCCCGCCUGAAGCAGCUCUUCGCCGGGCACAACCUCGCCCAAUGAUCUCCUCAACUCCUGGAGGGUCGGAGGAAAAGCCGGAUCUGCACUGACUCUGAAAUGCAUCACUAAAAACCCGACGCCAUGAGAAGUUUAGGCUGCAUCGGCUGACUCUUUUUGGUAGGUGUGAUGGUUUGUGUGGGCCUUUCACUGGUGGACGCGUUCGCAGCCGAGGAUCAGUCAGACCCUCCGCUGAUUCUUACUUUCUAACAGGUGGGAAUCUGCGCUUUGUCCUCCUUCCACCUUCCUGUUUCUUUCAUAGCUUUGUACUCAAACACUAUGACAGCGGGGUUUCGAGAGAACCAGAUGCUUCUCUCGACUUGAACUCAUCACAAGAAGCCGACACGAGGACAUAAACGGCAACUAAAGGCCACGAGAAGACGGAGGGAUGUUUUUCUCUUUUUCUACUGGUGUUUUUUAAACCUGUCGUUGGAUUUCUUUCUAUAAUAUUGUGAGGUCCUUACCUUACGAUGCAAAAGUGCUCUGACGUGACUGUUGUCAAAUAAAACAGCUUAACCUUGAAGAUGGCUUUUAUAGCCGGUCUGCUCACUGAAAACUGACAGCAAACAAAUGUCUGUUUUCAAACGGUUUCUUCAGUGUGUGACGGAGGGGAACCGGAGAAAAGCUGGAGUCGUCUCUUAUUUGAGUUUUUACUAAACAGAAGAUUUGACUUGACGUUUUCUGGGAGUAACUGAUCGCGGACUGGAAGGAGGGUCUCACGAACGUUCACAUGUUUGUGUGUAAAAGGAUCUGCAGUUCCUCAUAAUCUCACAUUUUUUCUGAUGGGAUCUUUUGGUUUUUAAAUUCGAGGUUAUUUAUUCCUGUCUUGUUUCAAUGCACCUUUCUCUGCAGAUUCCUUAAAGGUUCUUGACUGUUUUUAAAACGGUCUCAUCUUUUUUUUUCCCCUCAUUUUUUAAGCUACCAGGCGACUCUCUCCCAGUUGGAAUUUAAUUUCAGCACCAACACUGACAUUUUAUAAACUCACCUUCUGCUGGAUUUCUUCAGAAACGACUUUCAGAGCCAUUUAAGGGUUGUUGCUUUGCUCUUACUGGCCGAUUUUAAAGGUCACGCCUUUCUCCGGUUCUGCAUGGCCUGUUUUUUGUUUUUUGGUUGUUUAUUGUUUGUUUUGUUUUGAGUGGACUCGUCAGCAGCAUUUCAAACUGACCAAUCACAAAGGAUGAAGAUGACGGUGGACCUGAGGUUUUUCAAAGCCAAGUUCUUUCUCUAUAAAAGUGUCUAAAUGUGACAGAUUGUAUAUUUUCUCACAGAGUUUAAUGUCCAAACUGACCUGAAGUGUCUGUCAGACUUGAUUUAAAGGUUUUACCGAGGACAGAGUCACAUUCCUCUGGUUUUUAAAACAGUGAUAGAUGAGUUUGCGUUACUUAUUAACAACUGCUUAUUGUUUGAAUCUCAGCAGUCAUUCCAGAGAUUUUAUUUGAGCACCUCUGAAAAAUAAAUGUUUUGUUCCCAAAAGCCUUGAAACAAAUCUGCAGUCAUGUUGCCACAAGUUGAAAGAGUCGCAUUUAUUCUCCUUUCACAGCCUUUAAUGUAUUGAAAGCUUUUUCUGUGCAAAACCCAACAACAAAGGACCGAGUUUAAUGACACUCUGUCAUACUGGUGCUUAUGAUUGAAACAUUUCAAAUAAUUUGAUCAAUUUGUGUUUAAUAAAGCACCAAAAACCAUGAAAAACAUAAAUUCUCCAACAUCCAAGUCUACGUCCUCAUUUUGUACAAACAUCAGCACAACAUUUCAAAAUUAAAAAGGCAUUAGAAAAGCAUCAGAUGGUCUUUAGUGUCAACCUUGGAACAAGAUGACUAAGAAAAUAUUUUUUUUCUUUUAUGGCUUAAACGCGUAUUUAAUUGGAUCUCGGAAGACAUCCUUGAUGGCAGGGGCUGAUUUAUCUGUUUAUCUGUGUGUGGAAAAAAAAUUAGUUCUCUGAAAUUUAAAUAAAAACUAAACUUUCAGAUAAAAUACAAAUACACAGGAAGUGGCUCUAACUUUAGUCUUUGUCAGUUUGGUAAAAUUUGCUCUCGGAGUUUAACUUAAACUCCUCGAGGUCAUAAAUAAUCUGACCACAUCAAAUCUCAACGACCUCGUAGUACCAUGUAAUCCCAUCACAACACCUUACUCUCAGACUGCUGGCUUACUUCUGUUUACUGAGUUUCUAAAAUUUAGAGUGAGAGGCACAGCCUUCGGUGUUCAGGCUAAUCUCGACUUUCAGACUCUCUCAGCUUUGCUGCUGUGGGCUCAGCCUGCUGGAGGACUUCCCAUGAUGCACUGAGAGUUCCUUCUCCACUCCCACCUCUUCACUCCCUGCUGCAGAUCGCAACGUUUUCUUUCUUGUUUCUCGGGUGACGUAUACGUCUGCCCCUCCCUCAGCCUGGUGCUUUUGGAGAUCUCUUCAUGUUUAAAAAGAAAAAGAAAAUAAAUAAGUUCUUUCUCCCCUCUGUUGCCAAGUGUUGCACAAGGGGAUCAGCUGAUUGUUGGGGUUUUCUCUUCAACCCCGUAGACUCUUUUUGAUUUAAUUCCAAUAAAAUAAAUUUGAAUGAAAAAGGAAGAAAUGAAACCUUUAAAAACUAACACUAAACACUUUCAUUGAUUUAAAAACGAAACUCAAACAAACUAAAAUUGAACUGAAACCUGAUUAACGAAAAAACAUAACUGUGUUAAAUGUUGUCCCGUCAGUUCUUACAGUUGGAUUUGAGAUUAUUCAAAGAUGAGCGUCCUCUAAUCUUCAGGGCACCGCAGUGAUUUUUAUCCACUUAAGAACUUUAAAAGAUCAAAACUCUGUGGAACAAAGUAUCAGAUAAUCCCAGUUUUAAACAUUUUUUAAAUCCUUGCUGGUAAAGUUUGAUAAUUUUAGGUUGUGGGACAUGCGGUCGUUUGUUUUGUUCUCUCAGCGUCGGCUAUGAAGUAUAUGAGUUUUACUGUACAUGAUUUACAAACAACUAGGAGGCUUCAUGCAUUAGAACAAUGAUUAGUUGGAUUUUGUGCAGUCUUUAGUUUCGUUUACAGACCUUUUCCACUAAUAUCAGCUCGGCUCGGUUUUCAGGGUUUCCCAUUAGGUGGUAGUACCUGGUACCUGCUCCAUUGGGGUUCUGAAUGGUCCUAAAAUGUGACUGCAUGUCAACAGACAGCAUGCAGGUCAGUGGCGUCACUCGAUGUGUCAUGAGAGCAAGUCCUUCACAAAAUUCCAAACCGCCAUUUUUGAAAUCCGGCAGUGAGGGAAAGUGGCUCCACACAAACCAACACCGAUGAGGUGCAGACACUUGGCAUCGGUUUGGCAGCAGGUAUACCAACGCUUCGAUAUCCUCCACUGUUGUGUUGUGGCGCAUACGAAUGACAUCACAGGAAUUUUGGCGGUGUUGCCACAGCAACCCCAAGGACACUGAUGUGAUUGUAUUAUAAUAGAAAACGACUGAAACAGAGCCGAGCCGAGCAGAUCAGACUGGAUACUUGGUUCUCUCAGAGGACCUGGAGUUUCGCUUGAUUUUCACGAACAUGUGAUUUUUAAAGCGUGUUUGACGUGAACUUGUGGCGACAUCGAAAACCUGCAGAGACAAAAAAAAAUGUUUUGUUUUGUUUGUUUGUUUCCCCCAAAAUUGUAGACAGACACUGACUCAUGUUCCUCUAAAAAAAACAAACAAAAAAACCCAGACUGUUGAUGUUGUUGUUGUUCGUGUUAUUUCUAAUGCUAGCUGUGGUUGCCACGGUAACCUGACCCGACUGUUGCCGCCCUGCAGGUUGCUGUUGUCAUUGCUGUUGUUAUCGUUGUUGCUGCUGGAGCUGUUAACGUGUUUCUAUGCUUCUGUGUGUGACGCCAAGGCUGCAGACACGCACACGCACGCACACACACACACAAUGCAAUCUUUGUGAGGAUUCAUUGGAGGGGUCGGUCCGUCCAUGCUAACUCAAGCUUUGCUCAGUUACUCGCUGUGAUGUUGCUACUGCUGGCACAUCUUGCGCUCGGGCAAGGGUGAGGAGGAAGCUCGGGCAUAGAUACCCAGAAGGUGCAGAACAUGCUCCAAGAAAACAAAAGUUAACGAAAACUUGUGUUCAUAUUUGAAUUACGCCUUUCUCCAAAUUCAUAACAUUACGUUUCGGUAUUUCAGUGACAUUUCUCUUAAGAUUACAGUUUAGGGUGCACUGCUGUGCUGCGCCGACCACGCCACAAAUUACUGCAGCAUCACUGCUGUGCUUUUUACCAGCAACAUGGUGUCGUUACCAAAUCUGUAACUACCUGUUUCUACUUGAAAAGUAUGAUGGGGGAAAGAAAAUACUGCACUAACUGAGCUAAGAGAUUUUUGGUGGCGAAGGUGGGCCCACUGGUGGUAGUCUCUAUGGGAAGGGCUGCCAAAAGAAAUGCACAGUCAUCCAUAUUUCUUCUGUACAAUACUAUGCUUUGGGUUGCAGACCUGACCGGUUCAGAAAAGGCAAGAAAGCGGAAGUGGCUUUGCUCCAACAGUGUUUAAAGUUCAACAGACAAGUUGGAGAAAUUUAGGCAGGCGUUGAAGCGCAGCAGGGGCUGCACUUAUGGCCAAAGUGAGUCAGUCGCUAUUGACUCGUGUUCAAAUGUCCAACUUAAGUAAAAUGGUCUUUGCACUCUACAAAAUAUUAUUGUGAAAAAUGUAAUUUGUUUUGAUUUGACAGAUGUUCCUCUCUGCUAGUCGUAGAACUGGGCCUGUCUUGUGUGUGCUGUUGGCACCUUUUGGAUUAUUUUUAAUGGAAAAAUGUGUCUUUGUUUACAGUCAAAUGUAAUGGCAGCAAGUAUCAAGUAAUCUAAGCUUUUAGGUUCAAGGUUGGUUGAGCUAAGAGCAGUGCAGUGUCUGCAGUGAGGUUCAGGCUGAGGACAGGGGGCGCUCUGGAUUUGGACAGAUGGUUCAUAGAUGAGAGGAAAAGCCCGACUACCCAACCUUUCAAAGGUGGGUCCUCACAAGGUUGACCCUCUAUUUGGUUCCCACAAAGAUAGCUGUGCAAGCACACACGCACACACACACACACACACACACACACACAGCUGGAGCGUCAGGGACUGAGUGAAGCUCGUAUUCAGUGUUUCCACCUUCACUGAGGUUAUUCUGCAACUCGUUAAAUACCUGAAACAUCCUGCAAAACAAAAUCUUUCUUUACUACUUAAUUUUUUUUACAAUGUGAAGUUUAAAAAGGAACAAAAAAUCUGAUUCAAGAUAGAGGUUUUAGUUUUCUCUACCUGAUCCAAGCUAGAGCAAUCCUUCAUCAGCUCCUCUGAAUUCAGCCUCAGAUCAGUCCCUGACGGCGGGAUUUCCCAGCCUUUGCGGCGACGUAAACGCAGCACCAAGCCAUCGUGUUCGACUGUUCUCUCUUUACAGCAUGACUCUAUUUUUCUAUCAGAGAUGACGUGUUUAUAUUGCGUAUAAGAUUUAAAGAGCGACGAAGCCUUAAAGAUUUCAGCUGCAGCAGAAGAAAGAUGCAUCCUCAUUUAAAAAAAAGAAAAAGAUACUACCUGUUGUGUAUCUUUCUUUCAGAGCAUGAUGAUGAAAAAUAAGCCAUUUAUCGAGAAAAGCUGAACUUUGUGUAUCGAGUUUUGGAUGCAGGGUUUGAGUCCGACAUGUUUAACUUCAAGCUAACCUUUCUCUCACCAGCAGAACAUGACGAAUGUCUUUAUAUCGAUUAGAAACUGCUUUGCAUUCUGGGUAAUGUCCAGAUUUCUGUUUUUGAAACUCAUCACCGUCUGAGCGAACUUGACGAGGGGUCUGCUUUGCAAACGCUGCCUGUAUGCAGAUGAAAGAUGCUUGCAAAGUGACAUUUGAGGAAAUACUUCACCUGCAGGCCUUUAAGUCUUAAAACAAUAUUUUCAGACGUCUUUAAUUCACAGAAGUCUUAAACUGUCUCUCUCGAAUGUGAAUCCCUGAAAGGAAAGCACAUUAUGGAAGAGGCAAAGCAAACCCCUGCCUCCAGUUACAUAAGGCAUCUUUUCACUGUAGGGGCAAAGUGUUGUAAAGGUAUCUGCCUUAACAAAGUUCUUGGGCGCUUUCUCCAGGUUUAAAGAAUCAGAAUCGAAGCCGCUCAGCGGCUCCUACCCCGAAAAGGGUUUCUGUAGAUCCUGAGAUCUGAACAUGCGAAGAUUGAAAGCCAAAACAGCCGGCUGGUUCCUGCAGUCAGAGGCGGUCUGUGGACAUGUACUCAGGAUUUGGUGAUGAGUUUCACUUCAUAAACAUCAUCAGUUAGAUUUUCUGCUCUGGUUUUUUGACAUUUAUAAAGGAAGCCGUUCCUUAAGUCCAGUGAGGAACAUCUGUUGUUCCUGAGCUUUCUGUCUGUUCACUUGAGGCCUGGAGUUUUCUCAGUGGUUUUCAUCUCAUAAACCAAAAGUUGUUUGGGUUUUUCACGUUGACGUCCAAAGCCUGGACAGACUUCGCUGCCGGUCAUUCUGCAUUUGAGCGUGCCGUCCAGCUGCACUUCAGAAACUGUUCGUGUGCAAACCAGCUCAGUGCAACUUAAUGAAUCUUUGUCUUACUGUAACAUUGUUUCGAAUUAUAGUAACUUUGAUAUGGUAAUACAUCUAAUAUAUGACUUGUUCAAUGACAAAACAUAACAUGAAAAAUGAAUAAAUAUUCACGCCUCUUUUAAGACGGUGAUUUCUUUUUAUAACAAAUAUUUAUAAUCUGCUUCCUGUUAUCAUAAUUAUGUAUCUGCUAAUAGAAUAGAAAUAGGUCAUUCGUGCUGGGACGUAUGAGCAGCUUCUUGUUAUAAUGACAAAGAUUGAAUAAAAGUUUAAAAAAGGCGUAAAACGAGAAAUUAAAUGAUGACAGUUCUUGUUUUCACCGAGCUCCGUUACAGGAAAGAGUUUCUUGUUAUAACAACAAAUGCCUCCUUAUGUCAAAGGUUUGUGGAAAAUAACUAGAAUUUAAGCUUAAAAUCUUUCUUGCCAGAAAAGUUUAACAUUAUGCAAAAAUUAAAAUUUUUAAAUGCUGUCAUUCAGAUACUUUUUUUAAAUUUUGCAAUUUUUAAUUAACAUUUGCACAUCUGUCGAGCGGUUUCAUCCUUUGGUUAUUGAGCCUUAAUUGCACAGUUUAAAUUGCUAGUUUUGAGGGAAAAACUAGCAAUUUAAACUCAGAGGAAGAGCACUGACCCAUGAUCCUUUGCAGCAGGAUGACAGACAGAAAGCUCCGGAAGCCGAUGGCUGACGCGCCUCCUAAUUGUAAAGAGGUUUUCUGUCCACGGUUUAUGUGGAAAUCUUCACUGUAUAUAGACGCGAAAUAUAAUCUGAACAUAUGAAUAUGCUAUAUAUUCUGUACCAUGUGACAGGCCUGACCAAUGGGCUGGGGGUUGUUAAUAACGUGUUGUUCCUGUGGCCUGUCGUUGCUGUCAGAUCCUGCGUGGCCCCUCCCCUCCUCGGCUGUGAUUGGCCAUGGAGUUUAUUGAUGUAAAGUGGCGGGGCCUGCUUUUAUUUUUCUGAGAUAGAGUUCUACAUGUUUAACAUGUUAUUUACUGGAACCAUUUAAAAGAAAAGCUAUUUUUUAUGGACGUGAUUUUAGUUUUUGUUGGUGUACCAUGUUAUGCUGAUGAUUCCUCUUGUUUUCUACAAACACAUGCACACACACUGGGAGGACGGUAAUAAAACUAUUUUGUCCUGUACA